UGCCACGAAAGCAAUCUCUCCGCGCGUGGCCACACUCUCUUCUCCGGUAUCGAACACUCGAGCUUCGCCACGAGCCAACCCCGCCUCGGAAACCCAACAGGCCCAUCACGACAGGAGUAAGACAGAGGAGACCGUGAUGAAGUUUUCUGCUCUGAGGAGAGCGGCGGCCUUCGCCGCGCCCGUGCUUCUCCUUUCUCUCCGAGAGGUGGCGCAGGCGGCAGAUGCCGUUUUCGAGGAUGGAGUGAUGGUGCUCACGGGGGACACAAUCGAGCAGGCCAUCAAGGACCACUCGCACCUCGUCGUUGAGUUCUACGCACCCUGGUGCGGCCAUUGCAAGAAGCUGGCGCCGGCCCUGUCCGAAGCGGCGACGAAAAUGAAGGAAGUCGACGAGAAGAUCGUCUUCGCCAAGAUGGACUGCACCGCGGAUGGGAACAAGGAGUUCAAGGAGAAGAUGGGCAUCAAGGGCUUCCCGAGCUUCCGGAUGUUCGAAGGCACUCUGGAGAGCGCGAAGGAACACAAGCCGCCGAGGGUGAUGCCCCAACUGAUGGACUACUUCAAGGCCAUUAAGGAUGGAGUGGAGCCCCCCCCCCCCCCGCCGGCGCCCAAGCGCCCCCCGGCGCCCCCCCUGGUGGAGCCGGAGGACAGCGAGGUGACCGUGCUCACCAAGGCUAACUUUCAGGAGUUUGUCGCGGGCGAGUUCGCUGUGGUCGAGUUCUACGCUCCGUGGUGCGGGCACUGCAAGAAGCUCUUCCCGGAGUACACCAAGGCCUCCAAGGAGCUCAAGGAGAUCGACCCUACCAUCAAGUUGGGCAAGCUUGACAUGGACGACCCGAAGACGAAGGCGGUGGGUUCCAAGUUUGGGGUGAAGGGCUUCCCGACCCUCAAGAUCUUCCGAAACGGCAAGCCGGAGGACUACACCGGGCCCAGAGAUGCGGAAGGCAUCGUCAAGUUCCUCACCAACCUCAAGAAGAGCAUGGCAAGCAAGGAGGAGGAGGCCGUACCUGUUAAGGAAGAGCUCUAAGAACAAGGGAGAUAAGAUUGUGCCACGGAUGGAGGAGGCGUUAUUUCGAAACCCUUCCGUGGUUCUCUUGGGCGUGACCACAUGCUAUUGACUGUUGGUAGCCCUUUUUUUUACUGGCGGCGGCGGCAGUGGAUAAAGAGACGUAUGCAUACGUUGCGAAUACGCGCUCUUGGCUGUUGCCACAAUGAUGUUAAGGGGGGGCAUUCAGGAAGAUGGCCAGCAAACAAAAGGUGGACGAAGUCAGGCGGGGACGAGGUAGCAGCAGCAGCUGUGGACAGACGGCGUUGUUCGUGUACGUGCCUCGGUGAAUAGAGUCGGACGGGUGCAGUCGCCAAAAUGGUUGACUUGUGCCUGUCCCUCCGGGGUGAGACACGCGCUCGCGCUCUGGUGUCCCCUGUGGUUUUGUUUUCUUGUGCUAGUAGGGUUACCGCAGGAACAUAUGGAAUCUUGCGAGAGCGAGUUAGUUGCUUGCUUUGUCCUCGCGUAUCGGGUGGAGGUGAAGGGCUCUAUCCAUCGGUCUUCUUUCUCCGAGGUGUAGUCUAUCCGGCCAUGGUUGCUAAUGGUUUGUGUGGUACUGUGGAGAGCUUUGUGUCGUUCGAGCAUUGCGCGGGAGGAGGGGUGGCGGGUCGGCAAAAAGACCCAUUGUUGGUGCGCGCGUUGCUCACGCCUCCCUCUCAGCCUCUUCUUGGCUGUUGGUGUUGAUUCCAGCGCGUUGACAAUUUUGUUGUUUUGUUGAUGAGAGGGAGACAGCUGUCGAGAAGAACAACGCUCAGGCGCGACGGAAGGACUCUUUUGCCCAACCGGACAUUGUGGUGGAGGGAUGCCAACCACGCAGGACAAGAAGAGCAACUGUCUUCGGGAAGAAACCUGGUAGAUUGAAACCUCUCCCUCCCUUGGACGACUCUGCUUGCUUGCGUCUGUGCUUAGCCCUCCGAGAUGUUUCGGAAGAUAAGUGUUCCGAGAACUGGCUGGCCGGGGU